AUGUUAAAAUAUAAAAUACUCGACAAGCAGUUUGAGGAUAUAGUGAGCUCUUCUUUCUAAGCUCAUACUGACAUCAUAGUAGAACUAAAUAAUAGUAAAUUAGAAACAUAAGACGUACAAAAGUUAUGCUCUUUAUUAAUAAAUUGCAAAAAUCUUUUAAAUUUGGAACUCAAUCUUAAUUUGAAUGAUAUCAACGAUGAGAGUACAUAAGAGCUAUCUUCUGCUUUAUCAGAAUGCAUAAAUCUAUAAAAAUUUGUGCUUUCGCUUGAAGAAAAUAAGAUUGGAGUGCAAGGAGCCACAAGCUUAGCAAAUAUUUUUAAAUAGCUCAGUAAUCUCAAAAUAAUUACUCUCUAGAUGAUGUAAAAUAUAAUCGAAUCUUAAGGAUUUUCGGAUAUAUGCUUUGGAUUAGCAAAUUGUACUCAACUUUAAACAUUGAAUUUAGAUUUUAGAUGGAAUUAAAUUAAAGAAUAAGGAGUGCAAGGUCUUGCUUAGGCCUUAACAAAGCUUACUAACCUCUCAAACCUAUCUCUUAACCUUAGCUCUAACAAAAUAAAAAUUUAAGGCGCAACUGAUUUAAGUAUUGCUUUAGCAGAGUGUGUCAACCUCAAAAGUUUAGAACUUAAUAUCGGAUACAAUCAGAUUGGAGAUAUUGGGUUAUAAUAAUUGGCUUCUGCAUUAUCAAAACUAAUCAAUCUCUAAACAUUAUCUAUGGAUCUAGAGAGAAAUAAAAUUGGAGUCUCAGGAGUAAAAAUGUUAAGUGAUAGCUUAGCGAUUCUCUAGAAUUUAUCAGCUUUAACCAUUUCAUUUCACUUUAACUCUAUCACUAACGAAGGUGUCACAUCAAUAAUUUCUGCUUUAGAAAAACACUCAAACCUUUAAAGUUUGGCUCUUAACAUUUCAUUUAAUAAAGUUGGUGAAUAAGCUGCUAUUGAUUUAGGAUCUUCUUUAAUAUCUAUCACUAAGCUCUCAAAACUUGCUCUUAAUUUAUCAUAAAAUGACUUUUCUGAUUCAAGUUUGAAGGCUAUUGCUGCUGCUUUGACAAAAUGUGCUAAUAUCUCAAAUUUGGCUCUAAAUAUAUGUUAGAACAAAUUUGAUGAAUAGGGUUUAAUUCAUUUAGGAUCUGUUCUAAAAUACUUCUCUAAUUUAUAGGGUUUAGAAAUUAUUUAUGGCUAUCAUUAAUUUGAGGAAAAAACACAACAGAGAUUUAAAUCACUCAUUUUAAAAACAAGAAAAUUAAUCAAUCUUUCAGUUAAAUAAAGCUGA